AUGACAUCAGAGAAGAAGAACGCAACCGAGGGAAACGCGAUGGAGAAGCUAAGCGAUCUUCGAGUCGUCUUCGCCGGAGACAAGUUGGCGCAAGACCGCUUGCUCCAGAUCCAAUUUCCCCCGACGUAUAAUCCCGUGGCCUCAUCAGCCAUCCCGCAUGAUGAGAAGGUCGAUUCUAGCGGCCUAGAAGCUUUGAUUAUCGUCAUCCGCCGCCUCAUCAGCCACGUUGCCGAGAAAUAUCGGGACUCCUCCUCCGACCCUGAGAUCGCUCAGCAGGAGCAGGAGAACCCGCUUCUUCACCUGGCCAUGUGCAACUUCCGAAAGGCCAGCGAAGGAGACGUCAUCGCCGCUGGAUAUCUAGCCCUGAAGGCCUUCCAGGGAGGCGAGAAGUUGCGGAGAAAGGACCUGACCUUCUCCGCCCUCUCGGAGCAUCGUCUCAUGCACCGGACCCUAUGGAAGCGUGCCCCUUUCCUCCUCUUCGCCGUAGAGCAGGAGGUGCGCGACAGCAGCAGCGCAGAGUGGGAACCCUGCGUCGAGGAGAAUCCGAGCGAGCUCGCCGAGCACAGCCUCACCCACUACUCCACGGGGGAUCUCGGCCGAAUCAUAUCGGCCAGGUUCGACCGCUUCCACGACCAGACCGACGACCACGAGGUCAUCCUGCAAUCCAACCGCCCGCUCCCCGAGGUGCUGCGGGUUCGCUACGACGUCGACAAGAACGAUCCAAAGACGUAUAAAGAUCUCCGCAGGAUCGUCGUCGACAUGGCCCGUCUCGGACAGAGACCCGGCACCAUGACGACGAGCGGCUCGUUCUUGACGCACUACAGCUUGAUAGCCAUAGUCUGCUUGUCGAAUGGGAAGGCGAAGGAUACGGUCCGAACGUACACGCUCGACGGCCAAGCCAUCACGACACCUGAAGACCUCCCGUCCGCGUACCUGGGCAAUCUAGGGCAGCCUGGAGCCAGCUACGUCCUCUACUACGGCAGGUGCUCUAGCUACGAUCCCGGCCGGAAGUUCGCCGCCCCUGAGAUACCUUGGGUGCCUAGCCGAGCCUUGGUCGAGAGGGUUUACGGUGACUUGCUCGCGCCCGAACCCCAAGAGUCACCCGGCCCCCCAUCUAGCCCCUCCGCUUCCGAGCCGCAGCUCCGCCGCGCGAGCAGCGGCCGCGAGUAUCGUGUGUUCACCCGCCCCACGCAGGGCGACGUCCCGGACGAUCGUCGCAUCUCCAAUGCCAGCGAUCGCAUCCCCAACGUUUAUCGCCAGCGCGACCGCGAUCGGGGCGACGAAGGAGCCUCUCGUUCCCGAACGCCGGAACGACGGGCUUCCGGCUCUCAGGCCGGAACUACUUAUCUCGGAAGGACUAUUGUAGGCACGGCGAGACCGCCCGUUCAAGAAGCAGUCCUGCACGAGCCGAGAUUCGCCCCCCCUCGAAAUUCUCUCCUCAAUCCGCCCCAUCGACCCUCUCACCCUCAUAGACGCGUGGCCGACCGCUCAGGUCGAGGUAAAGGGAACCAGAAGUGA